GAAUUUUCAAGAUGGCGGCCGUCUUUGGCAGUUUUUUAGUUAGUCUUCUUUUUAUUUCUGUAUCUCUCGCCGCCAAGGAUGUUUUCCACGAAGAGUUGCUCCUUAGACCUUUGAAGACUGGUCACGUGUAUGCUCACUUUCAGUUCACUACAAUUUGGGAUGUUGACAUCAGAGACUCGAAGGCUUGUGAGUACGCUAAUGCUGCGCCUGUAACUUCUUCUAACAUUGAGCUUAAUUUUAUCAGGUUUUCGGGGGAAUAUUGGUUUGAUCCCUAAAGAAAAAAGCUCUUUGGUGGCCAUAAGAAUCCUUCUUUCGCUCAAGCUUGUUUAAUCAAGAUGGCUGCACUUUGGCGUCAUUCUUUCUUGAGGCAUGCUAAUAUGUGCCUCAAAUUCUCUUGGUGCAUGAAAAUGAGAAAAAAGGAAAAAAAAUAUGUGGAUGUCCACUAGUACAGUUUUGUGUUUAAAAACACACGAUUUUAUAUGCCUUAGGCACCUAGCUAGUUUAUGCCCAGUCAUUACAAGAACAUCUUGCCCACUUAGCAGCCAAUCAGAGUGCGCAUACUAUUUUAGCCAUAUAAUAAUGUUGUGUAUCGUCUUCCCUGUAGUCUCCCACUAUAACUUGUUUCCAAAGUCAUUUGGUCAGAUCAUCAAUCAGUACUCUGUAGAAGAGCUGCACUUGAGUCUCACCCAGGGACAGUGGCAACAUGAACAUUGGGGAUAUCCAGUGACUUCUGCUCCACCAGGGGCAGAGCUGUGGGUGUGGUUUCAGGACAGGGUGCAAGACAGGUGGAUAAUGACUAUAUUUAGUUCGUCAUUGUGUUAGCCUGUUCCAGGCGUUUAGACAGUGGGGAGCAAGUUAAAUCAUACGCAGUGAGCGCAAAAAGAAACAAGAGGGGAAAAAACGAGGGAAGACUGGGGCAGGAGCGAGAAAACCCCUCCCUCUUCCCGCCCUAUUUUUUCCCUCAUCAAUUUUUCUCCCGUGCCCUAAUUUUUUGCCUGCUCCCAACCAUCUGAACGCCUGGAACAGGCUAUCAUUGUGUAUAAAUACAUGUAUCUCUUAUUAGCUGAGUUUUCGGUCCAUACUGUAAAUCACAGACUGAGUUUUUUUCACACCAUGAUUGGUCAGAAAGAUUCCAUGAUAUUUCCAUAAAGCUGGUGUGGUAAUUUUUUAGUUCUUCCCCUUAACAACAUUAUUAUAUUUAGGGUAGCAGGGAUGGCAUAGACUUUCUAAAAAGUCCUUCCUCCCUUUUAACUCACAAUUUUAAGGCCCGCUGGUCCACUUCGCUACCUAAAAACCUCACUCCGCUUGCUUUGCAGCUUUUCUGCUGUCAACUCAUGAGGUUGGCUUGUGGCAAGACUAGGAUAGGCACUAGCCUCCCACCAAUGUGGCUGGGGGUUGAGUGGUUUGGUAUUGACACCAUAUGUGGGUUGAGUUUGUUGCUGGUUUUUUCCUCUGCUUUGAGAGGUUUUACUCUGGGUUCUCUUCUGUCCUUAGAAACCAACUUUCCAAACUCAAAUUUGAUCUGGAAAUUGUUUCCAGAUAGUUGAAGGCACUAAGAGAACCACAUGUUUAUCAGUACUUUGAACUGUGUGGUGUCACCUUCUGAAUAAUGUCAGAUUGUUCUUUUUUUUGGUUUAUUUAAAAAGCAUAUGGAGAGCAGUGGGAAGGAAAUGUUUUGUAGAGCUUAAAAUUAUCAUUUUUGUAAAUUACAGUGUGGAGGAAAACUGGUCUGGACUGACCCAAGCACUGUCUGGUCAAUUUUGUGCCUCACUCAAUUUCAUUGACAGUAAAACAACCACAAGCCCUAAACUUUCAUUCAGAAGGGAAGGUAUUUCCUCUGACUUGGGUACAAAUUCCAGUCUUUUGAGACAUGCUGCACUUCCAAGAGAGCUGGUUUGCACUGAGAAUCUAACUCCUUGGAAGAAACUCUUACCAUGCGACUCCAAGGUAAGAAAAUGUUUCUGUUACAGCAGAACCUUGAUAUAUUAUUAACCUGCAUGUAAGGAAGUCCUUGGUAUAGCGAAUGAUUUUCUUUAGCCCAGCAAUUAGUAAAAUAUAUGUAAAAGAACCUUGAUAUAAUAAAAACCUUGUUAUAGUGAACAUAUUUUGCUAGUCCCUAGGCCCUUUGUGAUAUAGAGGUGCCAUUGUAAGAGGCUUUUAUCUCUACAAAGCAAUAAUAUUACAAAGGACCAUCAGUAAUUCUAUCACCAUAUGCUCUCUCUCUCUUUUUUUCAGGCAGGGCUAACAACCUUGUUUUACUCCUUGCUGUUGUACAGUGUGAGUUACCAUUCCCUUGGCGUUCAUCUCCGUCCUGUUUGCCAGGUACACAAAUAAUAAUAUUCUGCUUAUUUAGCAUAGAUUAUUUAUUUACCUUGCAGCCUUACGUUUUUUCAUGGGUAAGUUUAACACAAAGUUUGAGUUUGCCAUUUAGUUACUCAAGACAUGCAACUUAUGAAUAACUGAUUGAAUUUCCAGGAUGUAAGCUGUUCACAUGUCUCUGUGGAACUGGUUCAAUCAUUGUCCAUGGUUUUAGACCCACUGCUUAGAGGAGGAUCAAAAUUUGGUGAGUUAUUUUUUUAAAAAAAAUUGACCUUGAGUUGUCUUUAACUUAAAAACUUUGUUAAUAAAAAAACUGCCAGUAGUUUUUGCACUUAACUUACUAAUAUACCGGUAUGCUAGGUAUCCUGAAUUUCAAAGCCAAGGGUUUUGUCAGAGCAUACAGUGUUUGUAAUACAUGUAGUUAUUGUAUCUGAUAUCUGAAGCUCUUUCAGGGCAGGAAUAUUCUUUUCUUUAUGCCAUUAUUCCUGUAAAUUGUGAAGAAAUAAGUAUUAUUUAUUAUUUUAUUUAUUUUUCUGUUUUUCAUAUCACACAUUAAUGAGUAGGAGACUAAUAAAAGAAUAGUUAUUACUUAACCAAUAAUAUUAUUACAUCUUUCUCCAACAUCAGAUUGGUCUUUUAAGAAGUUGUUUGGCCGACCCAUCAAGUCAGCAUGCCCCCUUGCUGCAACCAGCAGGGUUUAUGUUGAUAUAAGUAGCAACAAGGUGUGUCUGUGUAUAUAAGUGCUGAUCAGGGCUGACCAAUAUCGGCGGCAAAAUUGUUGAGACAUUGUUCUCAUUUGGGGUAGCUUCGGAGAACAAAACAAACCACACCCCUCCCCCUCCCCCUCCCCUCCAUCCAUAGCGGGUGUGUUUGUUGUUUUCUACAAGUAGCUCAAACAGCAGCACAACAUUUCAUGGGGAAGGGAUGGAAGAGGAAAAGCUCUAUUUUCCCUUUUUUAAGUUAGCGAAAUGUUAGAGAGGCCCUAAGGGCAAAGUGUCUCAACUAAUUUUGUCGCUGAUUGUGGGUCUGACAGGUACUACUGAGGAGUAAUAACAGCUGAGAGGGUUAACUGAGCUUUCAAGGUCUGACAGGGUCUGACCAGGUCAAUUUUCCACUGUAAACAGAUUCAAAAGUUGAUGUUUUGGGUGCUGGCUUUUGACAGUGUGAAUCAGGGGAUUGUGAAUUUAUUACGAUAAUAAAAUUACUUGAAUGAAAAUCAUCCAUUACCUGAUUUAUUUAAGUUCUUCAUAUUGCCACCAUUAACAUUGCUUUUUUAUUUAUUAAUUUUUGUUUUAUUUUUUAUUUUGGUGGCGGGGUGGGGGGGCGGGGAGGGGAACACCGCAAUGUAAUGCUGUAUUUGUGGCAGGUAAAAAUGUUCUCAGGUUUAAACAGUGAUCCACCCUAGCCCUAAUUAUUCCUAUAGGAGACAAAUACACAUUUAAAAGAAACUUUCAGUAUUACAAUGUACUAAGAAGCAAAUUUCUGAUCAAUUAAUCAUUUAUGUUUGAAGCAUGAAUGUGCCAGAAUCUGGCUAAUUGCACAUUCUUGUCAUUGCAGAGUGGGUCAGAAUUUUCUCUUACACCUGCAUUCUCCACAGUUGCCAGCCCUCAAGCAGCACAGCGACACCAAAAGCACUUUGCCUUGUAUGAUGUAAAGCAACUGGGUGUGUUGGAAAUAAUUAGUCACCAUUUAGGCUUGAUUGUAAUUCUGUUGAAACUUGUCUUUUAUUUGUAACAUACAUGUUAAUUAUAUAUUUUGAACUUGCUUUGCAUGGUUGUUUUAGGUUUAAGGAACCCAGGUGAACCUGCUUUGAAUGUGGUUUUUAAGUGGAAGAAGAGAACUAAUCAAGGUUGUGUCUUUGUAUUGAAAUAAAUUUUUAAGUUGUUGUGUCCCCAGUUAGCUUGUAAGCGAAAUAUCUUGACACGUAAAUAAAGUUUAUUAUUAUUAUUAUUAUUAAGUACUAAGUAUAUUUGUCAUUAGUCCAUUAACAGCUGAAAUGCCUUUCAACUGUUCAUUUGUGUCCACAGGUUUUUACAAAUUACAAAGGUCUCUAUAAAAUCCCGGUUAUACUUGCUGUGCUUAUACAAUGUCUUAAAAGUUUUAGAUGGAAUUAUACCCAGGGAGACCUAGAAGCAGAAUAAAAAAGUGGAACAUUUUAAAAAAACUGAUAACAAUUAAGCAUACUUUAUUUCACUACAAUUAUUUCAAAAAAACCCUCAUUUGAUCAAUGUUUCAAGCAACUCAUUCCAUGAAAGUUCUUCUCCCAUUUCUCUCUGUGUUUGCAUGCUUAUGUAGACAUAAACAAUGUGUUUUCUUUUUGAACCAGGAAUUCCUCCUCAGCUUUAUGCUCAGCGAUUUGUCACUGGUAAGAAAAACAUAAACACAAUCCUCUGAACAUGUAAUUACUGUUAUAAACAACACAAUUAAUACAAACUACAUAAUUACUACUCAUUUUAGAUUCUCAUUAGAUUGUAAUAUAUUAUGCAUAGUUUUGACAUUUGUACUUUUAUAUUGUAAUUCCAAUUAUGAAUUGUUUCCCCAAAUUAGUAUGGGGUUUUUCCUAAGCUAUACGGUUUGACGCAUUAAUAAAGUUUCUAUCUAUCCAUCUAUUUGUAAAAUCAAAAUAAAAUUUCCAAAUUUCAUUUUGCAUAGUUUUGAAAAACUAAUAAUGCUACACAAAAGAUGGUCUUUCCACGCUGUUGUUUUGGAUUGCCAUGCAACAGUCUGUUCCCUAAAUGUUCUCUGACAAGAGGAAGAGCAGCUGAUGAAAAUGGUCUCAUUUGAAAUGAUCACAUCAAUCAGUAUAACAUGACAAAUUCAAGACUUUGCAAGACUGUGAGAAACAGGUUUCAAAAUUUGAGACUCCGAGAUUCAAAAUCACCUGAAAGUGAGACUUCGAGAACAACCAAAAACUCUUCUGAGAUUUCGAGAUUAAGCCAAAAUUUUCCGAGGAACCAUCCUAUACCCCUACAUCACAAGUUCGUUUAACUUAGCCUACAUCUCUUGUGUAAAAGAUGCUGGAACAAUGGGAAAUUUAUGCAGUGGUGCAUGUACCUUGUUUCUUUAUAUACUGCAGUCUUUUUAACACUCCUGUCACAGGUUUGGUCUACUUGUGAAUGGAUGCAUCAGCAGCUUACCUCCAUACCAAAUCAGGAUACCAAACAAACUUAAAGUGUUUUUAACCAAUUUUUGUCUCUAACAUACCUUUCAUUGUCUUGACACCACCUUGUACAGCCUCUCUGAAGUGGGUGGUUCUUCCUUCUUAUUUUGCAGGUUAUGGUGAAGAGAAGGGUGGCAUCACGUCUCUGCUGCACAAUCACCACCCCAGCGAUCCCCUGCCAGUAGUUUACUUUGCCACCUUUCCAUGGUUCCUCAGGAUCUUUCUUCAUACUCUCACCAUCAGGAGUGAAGGCAAAGACAUCAAACCUGGUAUGACCUCAAUACUUGAGCUUCUCUUUCUUCCUAUAACCCAGGAAAAAGCUACCGUAAAGUCACCUAGGCUACAAGUACAGUCGAUUCUCUCUUAAUGGACACCUCUAUAAGACAGACACCUCUGUGAAACGGACACUUAGAGUUGGUGCCUGCCUUCCUUUACUCCCUUUAUUUGACUCUCUAUAAGAUGGACAUCUCUCUAAGACAGACACUUAUUGCGGGUCCCAAAGGUGUCUGUCUUAGAGAGAGUUGACUGUAGUCCCUCAUUGUCCCCAGAAAUGGUAGAUUAUCGCAGCAAAGUUCACUAUCAUGCAUCAAAACAUUGUCACCAGGCACAAAUAAGGUGACACACAGAGGGAAGAGCUCAUUUUUUGGCUCAGUCAAAGGGAUCAACUUUCUUUUCAUGAGAUGUCUUGGCUGUCUCUUUCUCGAGACAACUUUUACCCAUAUAAACGGUAUAAGGUCAAAGGUUUGAAUCCUUUUAGGAUUUUUUGGGUUGUUUUUCUUUCUCCACUCUCUUGUGACAUGUUCCUCAUGAUAAUUCUCAUUCAUUUUUAGCUCAAAAUUUAUCACUGUACAUUUACUUUUUGUCCAGACAUCAUCCAUGUGACACCGGCUAAGGACCGUUUGAGACCCCACACGCUGGAAAUGCUCCUGACUCUACCACCCAACUCUGUGACAGAACUUAGUAUACAGUUCCAUAAAGGAUUUCUGAAGUGGACAGAACACCCCCCUGAUGCCCAUCAUGGCUUCUAUAUCAGGUAUAAACAGUAUGGGAUUUUGACCUUUAACAGUGCGACUACAGUUACAAGGUUAACAAAAUUGACCAAUCAGAUUAGAUUUCUGAAGUGGACAGAGUACCCCUCCCCUGAUGCCAUCAUGGCUUCUAUAUCGAGUAUAAGCAGUGUUGUAUUUUGACUUUUUACGGUGCAACGACUGUUAUAAGGACAGCUAACCAAGCAGAUUACAGGAAAAUUUCUUGAACUUUCCUCAUGCUAUAUAGCCUGUACAAUGACGUUGUUUAAUAUUUCUUUUCGUUCUUUUCGACAAUCGGCGAGCGCCAGAAAUUUUCUUCUUCCCCCACCCCUACCCACUUGCGCUGGCGGUCAAUAAAUCCCCGCGAUUUUUAAUUUUUAACAGCGUGCUCGACGGACUUUCAAGAGAAAAUAGAGGGUCUGUGAACAGGCUACAUGCUAUAGAAUAAUCAACCGAACAGCCAUGUAAAAGAGUCCACAUAAAUUUUGUCUAAUCGCUCAUGUCAGUUUAUUAGUUCAACUUAACAAAAAUAAAAACUAUGGGAAAAAAAAAACAAUAACAUUGCGACUGAGAUCCGAUGGUCAUCUUUCCGUUAUUUAAGUUUUAUUGUUGUUUGCCUGUUAGUAGUUGCUAAGUACAGUGAUUACGGACAUUUUCAUCCACUUAUAUUCCAAACGCCUCCUUUUUCUUUCAGUUCAGCUGUGAUUUCCACAAAACUUCGCAGCCCGCUGAAUUACACUGGUCCCUCACGUCAAUCAUCCCUUCUGUUUCCAAGGUAACUGAACACUUAAAAACUUAAGACUUCCACGGAUGAAGGUCUCUUUAAUCCGGUAAUUAAAAUGUAUUUAAAAAGGUAAAUCUUUAAUGCCCUGCGUUAAUGUCAGUAUAACUUUCUGGGCCCAUAAAGGUUUUGAGACGUUUGAGAAACCUCAUCUACAAAGAAAUCAAGAAGACGCAUCUUCUAGUCUCUGUGUUUAAGAGGCUCUGUGUAAGCAGCGCUAUUGAAUCUGAAAAAUUACUUUUGAAAGAAAAAUCACAGCUUCGUUUUAAAAAAAAAAUGUCUCCCAAGCAUUAUAUCAGUGUUACCUAGUGAAACUUAAUAAUAAAUAAUAUCAACUUGCCUAGUGAAAUUAUGAAUAUAUGAGUUUACGUCGUUCACGGGUUUAUAACGAACCGAUUCAACGACCUGCUCCCAGUUAGCUUGUUAGCUUAAUUGGUAGAGCGCUGCACCCGUAUCGCAGAGGUCAAGGGUUCCAAUCCCGUACAAGCCUGAAUUUUUUUCACGCCCUGAAUUUUUUUCAGGUUUUCUUUUCGCAACUGCAUAAGUUGCGUAUAUAACUGCGAUGAUCUCGUCUGUUUGCACGGGGCUUAAGGAUUCAUACAUGAGUAGUGAGUCCGUUACAUUUAUAAGUAUUUCGGAUGUCUAAGGUUCAUUUUCUGCUCCGUAUGCCUUCUUUAUCAGUGACCGGCUAACAUUCUCUCGUAUUAAACUCUACAAAAACAUUCGAUGUAAUUUUCUGUAAUAUCUUUUCAGCAUUGAAGCUGCACCAGAAGAUGAGGUGUUUCUUCGUCUCCACACCGAAAUUCUACUCAUCACCCUCCCCACCCCUGAUUUUAGUAUGCCGUACAAUGUAAUCUGUCUCGCUUGCACUGUUGUGGCAAUUGCCUUUGGCUCUUUCCACAAUCUCUCCUCGCGGAGAUUUGAAGCUGUGGACUCAACGAAAAGUACUGGCCCGAUUGGGAAGAUAAAGGCUGCAUUGUCUAAAUUGAAAAGCAAGAUAUUUGGGAAAAAGGAAGAAGCCGUUUCUGAAGAAAAGAAAGAGAAUUGAAAAAAGGUGCAUCAUUAAACUUUAUUAAACAAUCAGAACGCCAUUAAAUUAUGUGCCAAGCUCAGUAAAAACAUUCAUCCAUUGUCAUGCACGUGUAAACUUUUAGCCCGUGCAAAGGAUGGCAAACAUGGACGCCGUGGCAGCUCAUGCAAAGCGCGGGAAAAUACUCCAGCGUUACCAAACGGAGAAUGUCAUUGGCUGAUAAAGUCCGCUCGUUUGUUGUGAUUGGAUGGAAGUCUGACUUGGUUACAGCAUGACUUGACAAAUCGUAGUUUUUGGAGUCUUUAACGGAGGUAUUCGUACAGAAAAGUGGAGAGCUUAACGUCAUUACUGAAAAAAUCUCCGCUCUUUAUAAACAGACAGGGGCCGAAAGUGAUACUUGGCUCGUACUUAUCGGAUAGGCCUUAUGUUUAUCCAAAAACCGCCAUGUCUGUACUGUGUUUUUGUUGGAGUGAUUCUGCGUUCCUUGUUUGUACUGUUUAAGGAGUCAAGUACCAGGAUCCUAACAUGACGGCCAGCAGUCAAGAUCGGUCAGGAGCAGCACUUCAGAGGAGUCGUAUCUGCAUCGGCAGUCUGCACAUGAAACAAAAUGUCUGUUAGACGUGGUUUUGCGACUUGCGAUUAGUGAUACCAAGUUAUACAAAAAUCGAGUGGAGGCUAAAAAGGCCCUUUGGACGAAAACAAAAUUAUUAAAUACAGCUAGA